UCUUGACGAAGAUCCAGGAUAAUCUCGGGAAGGUGCAGAAAGCGCUGGGAGACUACCUGGAAAAGCAGAGAAUCCAGUUCGCGCGGUUCUAUUUUAUCGGCGACGAGGACCUGCUCGAAAUUAUCGGCAACAGCCGGGACGUCACGGUCCUCGGGCAUCACUUGGCGAAGAUGUUUGCUGGGGUGGCGCAGUUUGGAACGGAGAAUGAAGGGGAUUCGAUUACGGUGAUGCGGAGCCGGGAGAAUGAGGAGGUGAAAUUUGAGAAACCAGUGGUAAUCUCCGAAGAUCCUAGCAUCCACGUUUGGCUGACGAAGGUGGAGACCGCAAUAAGAACUGCAUUGUCGGCGAGAUUGAGUAUCGAUUUAAAGAUUUCUGUACUUAUGGUUAAUGUGUUUUUUGGUGCAUGACAGUGUGAUGUUGUCAGUCCCAGUCGGUUCUUUAUCUUUACUUUCCGCAACAGAAAUGUUUUCCACCAUCAAAAUCAGGUACCGCCUGGCCGGCUCUUGCCUCCAUCGACCCAAGUUCCGAUCAAGAAUUCACCGCCUGGGUGGAUCAGCAGCCCUGUCAACUGAUGUUGAUCGCCUCGCAGAUCGUGUGGACGAUCCGGGUGGAAAGCUUUCUGAAAGCCGGCAAAACCACCGAGUCUGUCGCGUCCGACUGCAUUCACACGCUGGACGUGUUAGCGAAAAAGGUCCUGGAGCCAAACAUCAGUAGGAAUUUCUUAACCAAACUCGCCCAGUUGAUCACCGAAAUGGUGCACCAACGGGACGUCAGUCGGGAACUCGCCGCGAAAAGGAUCAACAAGGCGGACAACUUCGACUGGCUGCAGCUACUCCGCGUGUACUGGGACGCGAACGCGACGCGGGACAUGAGCACGGCUUGUCGCGUGGAAAUGACCAACGCGUCUUUGAAUUACGGGUUUGAGUACUUGGGCAUGGCGGAGAAACUGUGCCAAACACCGCUGACGGACCGCUGUUUUCUCACGAUGACGCAGGCCUUGCACAUGAAGAUGGGCGGGAACCCGUUUGGACCGGCCGGCACCGGGAAAACCGAAUCCGUGAAGGCUUUGGGUGCGCAAAUGGGGUAUUUUGUCCUGGUUUUCUGUUGCGACGAAACCUUCGACUUCCAGUCCAUGGGCCGGAUUUUUGUCGGUUUGUGUCAGGUCGGCGCCUUAUCAAGAGAAAAAAAACCAUCCCCAUCCAAUUUGUUACGCAAAACAUGAAUAAGAUCCACUAUCUGUCAUGCAAAAAAUGCAUGGGGAUGGGUGUUUUUUCCUGUGGAUACGCCUGGGGCUGUUUCGACGAGUUUAAUCGACUGGAGGAG